AUGGGCGCUUUUACGUUCAAAUGGCCUCAUGACGCCGAGGAAGUCUACGUGACGGGCACCUUUGACGACUGGAGCAAAAGUCAAAGGUUGGAAAAGGUUGGACAGGUGUUCCAAAAAACGGUUACGCUCCCGGAUACCUCCGAUAAAAUAUACUACAAGUUUGUCGUCGACGGCGGCUGGACUACCGACCACACCGCGCCGCAAGAGAAGGACCCAGAAGGAAACGAAAACAACUUCUUGCUACCUGAACAGAUGGACAAGGUAGAGGAAACCACCGCGACCGCGGGACCCACCUCUGCCAACCCCGAUGUCAUGGCUGGUGGUUUUCCCGUGGAAGAGGAGAAGAAGGCGAGCGAAACUGACAUGGCCAACGCUGCCAUCAACUCUGCCGCACCUGACUCCACUACCGCCCAGCUUGCCGGCGCUGUCCCGUUAGAGGAGAAGAAAGAGAACCCCGAUGUCAUGGCUGGUGGAUUCCCCGUGGAGGAGGUGAAGGAAGAAGAGGAAGAGAAGCAAGAAGCUGCCGAGGACAAGGGCGAAGAACGGAAGCAAGAGACUACCCCUCCUGGCGGCUUCCCAGUGACACCCGCCGCCGAAGAGGAAGUUAAGGUAAACCCACUCCCUGCAGCAGAGGGCGCCGUCAACCCGAUCAAGCUUGAGCCUGGCGAGCAGGUUCCCCGGGACACCUCGGCCAAUGCAAUUGACAGCCAUGUUACGCUGGACAAGGAGUCCUACGAGAAAAGUGACCGUAUUCCCGGGAUUCCAGGGCUGGGCACCGGUAUGCCGCCUGCCUUCUCUGCAAACGAGGCCACAAUCAAUACCGUUGCGCCCGACUCAACCACAGCCGCUCUGGCUGGCGGAGUUCCUUUGGAGCCCAAGGUACCCGAGGUGGUUAAGCGGAGCCAAGAGGAGGCCCACGCCGAGCCGGAAGCGAGCGCCGUUCCCGAAGAGGUGAAGGAGAAGGCCGAUGUGGAACAGGAGCUCCUGCAGAAGGUCGCCGAAGCCCCAUCGACCUCCGAGGGCACCGCUGGCAAGGGCACCGAGAAGUCCGAGACCGACAAGACGGUAGCUGAAACGAUAGUGUCUGCGGCGACCACGGCCGGCGCGGUAGCAUUGGGAGCUGCCAUCACUGUUGCCGAGAGCGCCAGCCACGCCGCGGCCGAUGCCGCAACCAAAGCCAGCAAUGUGGCGGCCAGUGUUGCGGCCAAAGCUAGCGAUACCGCGUCCGGUGCUGCAACCAAAGCCAGCGAGACUGUGGGUAAUGUUGCAGCUAAAACUAGCGAUACCGCGUCCGGUGUUGCAACCAAGGCCAGCGAUACCGCAGCUGGUGUAGCAGCUACAGCCAGCGAUACCACCACCAAUGUCACAGCCAAGACCAGCGAUACCGUGGCCGGUGCUGCGACCACAACCAGCGAUACUGUGGCCAAUAUCACAGCCAAAGCCAGCGAGAUCGCGGCUGAUGUUGCCGCCAAGGCAACCUCUGCCGCGACGGAUGCCGCUACCUACCUCCCCGACUCUGUUAAAGGGGUCCUCCCAGCAUCCACCCAAGGGGCGAGUACCGAGGCAAAGAAGGAGGAAAUUCGGGAGAGCAUGGCCCCGGAGGUUCCUGUCGAGGUCAAGCAGUCCUUCGUAGAAGCCGUUCAGAGUCCCGAAGCGGCGGCCAGCACCACAACUGUGGAGGCGAAGAAGGAGGUUGAGGCUGAGCUUCUCAAAGCCAAGCCUGCGGAAGACGCUGGCGAGUCCGCUGCUGCGGCCGCUGAGGAAACAAAGCCGGAAGAGAAGCCGGAGGAGAAAGCGGAGGAGAAGCCGGUGGAAACGGAAGUUGUCGCGAAGCCUCAAACCGCGGAACCGCCGAAGCCAGUUGAGGUUGAGGCACCCAAGGCUGUUGAGAAAGCCGAGACCGUUGAGACUCCUCAGGUGGUCGAGCCUCCCAAGGGUGCCGAGCCGGUCAAGAUCGUCUCAGAGGCUAAGCCCGCGACUACGAGCUCGUCUGUCGAUGCGCCGCCACCGGCCGAGGGGAUCAGGACUGUUGAAGACAUCAAGCCCGUCGACCUGUCUAAAGCGGCGGAUGAGCCCAAGGUUGUCGAGCCACCCAAGCCUAUGGACGAGCCCGAAGGUGCCGAGACGUCAAAGACUGCAGCAGACGAAAAACCCACCGUUCCAGCGGAGCACAACCGACCAGUGGUAGAUGUGACCAAGACGGAUGCGGCCAAGGCGGUGGAGACGACCGCUCCGGCCAAGGCAGUGGAGAAGACCGCUCCGGCCACCAACGGAGCCAACACGACGGCUACCACCUCGGCCGGCGCUGCGGCAAACGGCGACAAGAAGGCUGAUGGGCAGGCGUCCGAGAAGAAGAAGAAGAACAGGGUCAGUGGCUUCUUUUCCAAGCUGAAGCACAAGUUCGCUUAG